ACUCCGGACUAUCUAAAAAGAAUGAUGGUAAGGAACCAGAUAUUAUUUAUAGUGUUAUACCUUACGUCGUUUCAGAAGGUUCACAAGAUGUAGGUUACAUUACAAGACCAAUAUGGGACAAAAAACCAAAACCAUGGAACGUUAUCAAACAUUAUUAUGCAAGUGGCAUUCCAUCGAAUAAACUUUGUAAAUUACAUAAUUGGAGACUUAGAGAGGCAUAUCCAAAAGUAUUCGAUGCAAUAAUUUUUAGUAUAGAAUUAGAUUUAUUGGAAAUUCGACUGCAUGAAUUAUGGGACGUAGUUGAUAAUUUUAUAAUUUUGGAAUCGAACAGAACUUUUACUGGGAACAACAAAGAAAUGUAUUUUGCUAAAAAUAGAGAUAAAUUUUCUUGGGCUGAAUCAAAAGUUAUUUACAAGUCUUAUAAUGAGCUAGAUAAUCUAGAAUAUGGUGUAAGCCCAUUCAAAAAUGAAGGCAAGAUGCGAAAUUAUAUGAACUCUAUAAUUAUUAAUGAGACAGGCGUAAAACCAGGCGAUCUUAUAAUAAAUUCGGAUUUAGAUGAAAUACCUUAUAAGCAUACGAUUGACCUUUUACGCACUUGUGAAGGUUUUUCUAAUGAAUUACAUUUGGAAAUGCGCGAAUACGUUUACUCCUUCGAAUUUUUUACUGGGUUUGAUAGUUGGCGUGCAAAUAUAAAGACUUAUGCACCAGGAAGUAAUUUCUAUCACCAUGGUCGGUUAUCCGAUGAUCUACUAUCUGACGCAGGAUGGCAUUGUACUUUUUGUUUUCGUUAUAUUUCUGAUUUUAAAUUUAAAAUGACAUCUUACUCACAUAACGAUAGAGUAACUAACCAAAAUCUAUUAGAUGAUAAUGCUAUCCAAGAUAAAAUUUGUGAGGGUAAAAAUAUUUUUGGAAUGUUCCCUGAGGCGUACACAUUUAAGGAUUUAAUUAAUAAACUAGGAAAUAUUCCGAAAAGCAAUUCAUUAGUUGGGUUACCUAAAUAUUUGUUAGAAAAUAAGGAUAAAUUUCCUUUUUUGUUACCAGGAGGGUGCAUACGUGAAUUUAGAGGAUAG